AUGCAGAAGGACGCUGCGGGCGCAGAAAGAGCCUCCCUCGUCUCUGCGUCGGAGACCUCGAGCGAGCAGGCCGUCAGCAAGAGCACAAAGACGGCUCUCCUGCUCAAAUGGGGCAGUCUCGCCGUGCUGAUGGUGCAAAACAGCUCCGCGUUUGUGGUGACGCGGUAUACGCGGCAGGGUAAGCCCAACGAGCUGUACCUGACCUCGGUGGUCGUGCUCAUGGUCGAGCUGAUCAAGAUGGCCAUCUGCCUCCUCCUGCUGCUUCGGGACGCUCGGGGCAGGCAGCCCGAGCGACGGCUUCCCUCCUUCGCUUCAGACCCCGUCAACUCUAGAGUGUCGACCACGACUCCCGACACGGGAACACUGCACCUCAUUCAGCCACAGACGCCGCAGCAGUAG